AUGACAGCAUCGCAAGGUCUUGACGCAGUCUUCGACUACAUCAUCGUUGGCGGCGGGACAGCUGGCUUAGUCGUUGCCUCCCGACUCAGCGAGGACUCUGAUGUUCGAGUCCUCGUAAUAGAAGCUGGAGCCGACCAGAGCACCAAUCCUCUGGUUCUGACACCAGGUUUGGUGGCUGGGGUCUACGGGAAGGACGAGUAUGACUGGAACUUCACUUCGGUUCCCCAGCCCAACCUGAACAACAGGCGCGUCAACCAGCCUCGGGGUAAGAUGCUAGGUGGAAGUUCCGCCUUGAAUUUCAUGUUGAUGCUUUAUCCUUCGAGGAACGUCAUGAACGCUUGGGGAUCGCUUGGCAAUGAGGGUUGGGAUUUCGAUUCUCUUGCGCCGUAUUUCCGCAAGUUCGCCACUGACCAUCCUCCGCCACAAUCUGCAAAGGACGUAGUUGGGCUAGAUUACCAUGAUCCAACGCUUAGUGGAAAUGGGCCGUUACAAGUGUCUUUUGGAGAGGGAUACAAUCCCAUGAAUGCGGCAUGGAUGGGCACCUUCGCUAACCUUGGUCUCGGCGUAACGGGUGAUCCUCGCAGCGGCAAGGCUUUUGGAGCCUUCCAGAAUCCUUGCAGUAUCGACCCAAAAACUAAAACGCGAAGCUAUGCAGCCAGCGCAUACUACACGUCCGAGGUUGCGAAGCGGCCGAAUCUCGUUGUGGUGACUGAAGCAGUAGUCAAAAAGAUCAACUUCGAUACCGCCAAUGGUGAUGUUGUGGCGACGGGAGUGCAAGUUGUUGCCAAGGAUGGGCAAGAAAAGACUGUUUCGGCCAAAAUCGAAGUUGUACUUUCUGCUGGCACAUUCCAUACGCCCCAGCUUCUGGAACUGUCUGGUGUUGGCGGCAAACAACUCCUCGAUACUUACAAUAUCCCGGUUGUCAUUGACAACCCCAACGUAGGCGAGAACGUUCAAGAUCAUCCCAUCGUCUGCCAAAGCUUCGAGGUCAAUGAUGGAGUUCCGUCCGGAGACGGUCUUCGGGAUGGAAAUAUCCUCAAUGCUGUUGUGGGCCAGUACCAAGCGACCCGCGAGGGCCCAAUGGGCCAGAGCAUUAUCAGUGCAGCUUACACACCACUUGCUGAUGCCAAUGGUAUCGUUUCCGAUGACGAGAAGAAGCAGCUGUUUGCGAAUCACACAGAUCAGCUGAGCUCGCCUUCGGCGAAGAUUGUGCAAUCCCUCGUGCAGUCAUCCACCGAACCGAGCACCGAAUAUCUUCUUUUUCCAUCCCAGAUUACCAUUAGUGAUCAUCCCAAAAACAUGGCCGAGUAUAUACUUCCUUCACUCCCCGAGAACUACAUCACCGUCAUGACGAUUCUCAACCACCCUUUCUCGCGCGGAACGGUUCAUAUCACUAGCCCUGACUACAAAGUGCUCCCGGUUUGGGAUCCACGAUACAACUCAAACACGCUAGAUCUGGAGCUGCUAGCGCGCAACGUGCAGUUCGUCGAGCGAAUCGUGGGAACCGAACCAUUCGGUAACCUUCUGAAACCUGGAGGCAAGCGUUUGCCGGAAAUCAAGGGCGACGACCUCGAAAGUGCCAAAGACAUCGUGCGCCAGCGACAGAUAUCCGUUUUCCAUGUUUCGGGCAGUUGCGCAAUGAUGCCAAGAGAGCAGGGCGGCGUUGUCGAUGCGAGGCUGCGUGUUUACGGAGCGAAGAACCUUCGUAUCGUCGAUGCUAGCAUCUUCCCAAUUGAGCCUUUAGGGAACAUCCAAAGCACUGUGUAUGCGGUUGCAGAAAAGGCAGCGGAUAUCAUUAAGGAAGACAGAACAACCGGAAGGAAAUAG